AUGACUAAAGUCACUGUUCUUGCUAUUUUUAUGAUCGUCCUCGUUUUAGGAAUGAUGACGGGAGAGACGCAAGGACAAGAAAUGUGUCGUGAUCUUCCAAUGAAAGGUCAAAAGUGUGUCGCUGACACCUGUGCCACUGUCUGUAAGCAAAAAUGGAAUGGACGUGGCUUGUGCUUCCCAGACUUUAACGGACAAAUUAAAGGCUGCCUCUGCACGUUUCCUUGCAAAUCUUAA